UCAGGACAUCAAAGUCGCGCGUUUCACGAGUUGCAUGACAUUGCAUGUUCAGAUAUACAUAAGUGUCCCGUUAAUCAUUAAUUUCUGGUUUGGGCUGUAUAUAUGUGCCUUCGCGGAAUUUGACAAGUUAUUGAAGAAGCUCUAUUCUGAGAUACCGACUGAAGGUUUCUGCACUUUUAUUCAUUUAUUUAUUUAUUUGGAAUGAUCGGAUCCUCUUUGAACAGUCUGCGGCUGGCUGUGGCGUUCCCCCUUCUGUUCCUGGCCCCGGUGGAACUGGUGGCUGAGCCCAUCCGCUGCGCUCCCUGUACUCUUGAAAAGCUGCUAAACUGUCCGGCCGUACCCGCAGGUUGCGAAGAGGUGAUUAGGGAGGCGGGCUGCGGCUGCUGUUCUACUUGCGCCCUGCGCAAAGGCGACCUAUGCGGUGUGUAUACGGCUCGUUGUGGUGCUGGCCUGCGCUGCUACCCACGAGAGACGGACCCAAAUCCUCUCCAAUCACUGACGCGAGGGCUGGCAAUUUGCAUGGAAGAGUCUGAAGGGGCAAGAAUUCAGUCGUCGAGGAACACAGAGCAAUCUGAACUGCCUGAAAAUGAGAAUACAGAAGACAUUCCAGUGUCCUCAGACCACUAUGAAACAAUGGGUCACAUGACACAUGACAGACUCCAGGAUCCUAACAAUGUGGCCGAUUUGCAAGACAACAUGAAGACUAAGCUCAGUACAAUAAGAAGAAAGCCCACUGAGAUGGGACCUUGUCGGAUUGAGUUGAAAAAAGCACUUGAGAAAAUAUCUAGGUCUCAGAAAACUGGUGAAAGAGUCAACCGGUUCCACCUUCCUAAUUGUGAGAGACAUGGAUUUUAUCAUACAAAACAGUCUCCUUUACUUUGCAGUGUGAAACCUCAUUGGAUGGCCAGCGUGGAAAAUGCUGGUGUGUCUUCCCAUGGAAUGGGAAAAGAAUUCCUGGAUCUCCUGAAGUUCAUAGUGACCCAGAAUGUCAGCAGUACCUGGAUUUGCAAGAAUAAGUUUUUAAGAUUGUUUUCCCCUUUUGUCUCUUUCUUGUGAAAUGGUUUGUUCUAUUUGUUCUUCAGAAAUUUUAUUUAUGCAGUGAUGAUGUUUUUGCAUUAUAUUUAACAUUUUCCCAAUAAGGUUUAUAUUAUAUACUGUAUUUCAAUGCUGUUCUUUGAGAUGCUUUAUUCAAUUUUGUAUUUUACAUUUCAAAAGAAAGGAGAGGCUUUCUUUUUUACAGUAUAUGGGAAAGCCUCUUUCUUUAUGGUUAACCACAGUUCCCCUUCCCCUACAGUUCAUGCCCCCAGCCAUCCAAAGAUAUUUAGUGCUAGGGUCAACCUUCUGCCGCCAUUUGGUCUGUAGGGAUGUAAACAUCCAUUGAUGAAGAACAUCCUCCAGUUUGGAACAUAUAAAUAAGAACAGAUAGACCAGAAAAAUGACUGAAACUUGAAGUACUGCUUCAACUUGUAGAAUGACCGUGUUGGAACCCUGUUCAGGGUCAAGGGGAAACAUCUAUUUAUAUUGUAAUCCCACACUCUUCAUUAUGUCAAGCCUAUCCAACAUUAUUUGGUGCACUGAAGAAACCAUUCUUAGGUUAGGUACCAGUUUAUCACAGGACACAUUCAUGCAGACGUCUUGAAUCCUUGAUGAUGGUCCAGGUUAAAGCUAAAAUCAUGUUACCAUAGACAUCUUUGAGAGGUAUGAGGAACAGGAAGUUCCAAACAACAUGCAAAUUAAGUAAUCAGGAAAGGGACUGAGCUCACAUUACUGCUGUUAUGAGGAAACACUGCUAACCACUGCACCACAUAGCACCCAAAUCAAGAAAGAUGUAGUAUAAAAAUGAUAUUAAACAUGAUAUCAUCUUUGACGACUCAUAACGCACAUUCAACUCUUCAGCACCUACAGUAUCUUUAGUGGAACCUUUAAAGUUACCUUCCUAAACUGCAUUAUAUAUAUAUAUAUAUAUAUAUAUAUAUAUAUAUAUAUAUAUAUAUAUAUUUCUAUAUGUAUUCAGAGACAGGGAGGGAGAAAGAUAGUGAGGGUAACACAUGUUAAGUCACUGGAAAUUAUUUCACUGUUUUGUAUUCUUUAAAUAUUUAUACAAUAGCAUUUUCAUAUGAAGUUAUUUAUUUUGUUGUCAUCAGCUGUUAAGUUAAUGUAAAUAAAACGUUUUAUCUUUGAUGUUUCAUAUACAUGCUCAACAUUUCUUACCAUUAAACUAACCUUACACUAACGUUCAUUGGAAAAACAGUUUCAAAAGUGAAACAUUACUGAAAAAAAUACAUAUAAAUAUUGUUGAAGUAGGAAAAAUUCUCAUAGUUUUUUUUUGGUCACAGUAAAUAGUUGCAUAAUGUGUUU